AUGUAUGGAGGGGGAGGGAAAGCCAAAAAUUCUGCUGCAAAUGCUCUCCCAACCUCCACUCGGGAGAGCGCCUGGGCGAGUCCUCCGCGGCCAAGGGAGGGCAGGCAGCUCCCGGAGCGGCUCGAGCCUCCGUCCGCUCCGAGCUCUUUCUUCCUAGGGCUUCGCAGCGAGUCCUGUUUCCUCCGGCGGACUGCGGCGAGGACGCAUCAUCUUCCUCCCGGCUGCUCCCGGGGCCUGGCGGGCGGCGCAGCCGGGAUGAGGCGGGCUGCGGGCGGCUUUGGAGCCGGGCUCCGGGGGGCGGCGGCUACUCGGCCGCGCGAGCCCGCUCCAUGCCGGAGGCCGCUGGCGGGCCGCGCCGUGCCGCCGGGCGCAGCGCCCGGGCUCCCGCUCGCGCCCCGCGGCCGCCGCCGCCCCUCGGCGCGGGAGGAGGGGGCGCUGCCGCCGCCGCCGAGGAGGAGACCUGAGGCUGCCGCAGCCCGGCUCCCAACCACUCCCUUCCUCCUCGGCCCGCCUCCCCCGCGCGCCCGCCCGCCCGCGCGCCCGCGCCGCCCGCGCCCGCGCCCUAGGCUCCCCGAGGCCGCUCCCGGCGCCGCGGCGCGCAGGCGGAGGCUCGCCGACCGGACGGAUCCAAAAUGGCGGCGCGCCCCGUCCCCCCGCGCCCCCCCUCGACCCGGCUGGAAGCGGCGCGCUGCGGCCCAGCCAAGCCCGGGCCCCGGGGCUUGGGGAUCGCCUCGGCCCGAGGCCGUGCGGCUGCGGCAGCCCGGGGAACCGGGUCCCGGGCGACUCGGGUGUGGAACGGGCUGGAAAGUGCGGCACAGUGCCUCGCCGCCGCCCAGGGUCCCCGCGGUGUCCACCCCCCCCCCGGCUGGCCUUCUUCCUCCACGUCUGCGGAGAUGCCUGUCGGUCCCGCACGGGAACCCUCGAAAUAUUCUAGAUCAUGCCCGUCAUUCUUCAGUCAAGGUUACCAGCACCCCCCGGGAAUUCAGCUCCUCCUCAAUCAACACUGUCACCAAACCUACAACUCCCUCUGUCAGCACACUUCAGGAAAAAAAAGCAACAACAACAACAACAAAAAAGGAAGAUAAGAAGGUAAAAAGGGAACAUGCAGGAGGAUGGAAAGAUUGUAAGAGCCAAAACAGAAGUAAGUCUCCCAUGAAACCGUCUCUUCUAGAAAUGGCUGCACAAGCAAGACUGAAACAAAGGUCUCCCUCACCUUAUGACCAACAAUGGGGGCACGCACCGCAGGGCACUUUGUAUCAAUGGAUGAUCUCAACUCACUUGGUUAAAGUGUGGAUAUAGCAUCUCUGGAAGACUUGUCUGCUGCAGGUCUGGCUCCCCACCCGUGCUCAGAAGCCAUUGUGCCACAGUGGUUCCAGCCUCACCAAUAAGUAUGUUCAUUCAUUGAUGACCUUACAGCUAAUGGACUGUUGGGAGCUGGAGCCAGAGUCCAGUAGGAAAAACAAGGUUAUUUGAGUUUACCUAUAAAGAUUGUGUUUUGUCCCCAACAUAUUCCUUCCCUUCUCCCUCCUUCCCCUCUUCCUUCUUUCAUUCUUGGCUACUGUGAAAUAAACAUCUACUAAGCUCUAC